GUUGCAUGCCGACGCGCCUACUGCCCGUUCAUUUGAUUCAGUUCUGGAAGUGAAGGCGGGUGGCCCGUGGCCCGUGGAGUUAUAUUCUUACCUAGUUCCGUAACGUCUGUAUUCGGCUCACAAUGUCCGGACAAGCGAUUGACACUGAUUGCAUGACGCUCACGCGUUUCAUCCUGGGUGAACAGAGAAAGGUUCCCGGAGCCACGGGUGACCUGACUACAUUGUUGACUGCGAUCCAAAGUGCUGUGAAGGCGAUCAGCUCAGCCGUGAGGAAGGCUGGAAUCGCUCAACUAUAUGGGAUGGCUGGUAACACCAAUGUCCAGGGUGAAGAUGUGAAGAAGCUGGAUGUAUUGUCUAAUGACCUGUUCAUCAACCUCCUGCGCUCCUCAUACACCACCUGCAUGCUUGUCUCUGAAGAAAAUGAGAAUGUCAUUGAGGUUUCUGCGGUCGAGGACAAAUGUCAAGGCAAAUACAUCGUGUGCUUCGAUCCUCUGGAUGGCUCUUCCAACAUCGACUGCCUGGUCUCCAUCGGCUCCAUCUUCGGCAUAUACAAGAAGCAGGCGGACGGCGCGCCAUCUGUGCAGGACGCACUGCAGACGGGGCGGCGCCUGGUGGCGGCCGGCUACGCGCUGUACGGUAGCGCCACCAUGAUGGUGCUGAGCACCGGCCAGGGCGUCAACGGCUUCAUGCUGGACCCGGCCAUCGGCGAGUUCGUGCUCACUGACCCCAACAUGCGGAUCAAGCCCCGCGGCAAGAUCUACAGCCUGAACGAGGGGUACGCCAACAAGUGGGACGCCGCCGUCAAGGAGUACGUCAACAGCAAGAAACAGGGCCCGAAGCCGUACGGCGGCCGCUACAUCGGUUCGAUGGUGGCGGACGUGCACCGCACGCUCAAGUACGGCGGCAUCUUCAUGUACCCGGCCACGGCCGACGCGCCCAAGGGCAAGCUGCGGCUGAUGUACGAGUGCAACCCCAUGUCGUUCAUCAUCGAACAGGCCGGCGGCAAGUCGAGUAACGGCACGGUCAGCAUCCUGGACGUGGUGCCGGAGAGCAUCCAUCAGCGGUCUCCGAUCUUCCUGGGCUCGUCCGAGGACGUGGACGAGGUGCUGGCCUGCAUCGCCAAGCACAAGCAGUAGCCGUUGGUGCUGGUGCUAUGCUGCCCGGCCAAACGGAUCCAGCACUGCCGGCGAUAGAGGGUGUAGUUCGGCACCAGGAGACACCCGUUGUGGGUGCAGUGAGGUGUCAGUACUUGGGUGAGUGUAAAGUGACGCCACUGCACCAGUGAGCGUAUGAUACUCCGUGUUACUCUGGAGUGACAAGACACGCUUGCCGGUUAUCUAUACUAGCGGGCUUCUUUAUUUUUAGACUUUUCGAGGUGACGUAGAUCUGUUGAAUCAACGCGGCGAAAUGCUGUUUUGAUAUCCAGGAUUUUAUGAAUGUUAACCAUUCCACUGUUGCAUGGGUAUUUGCGCCAAGCGCGUACACAUGGCUCCUAAAACCGGCGGUGGUUUUUCAAUACACAUGGAUUCUUCGAA